GUUCUCGGCUUGGCUCGCGUGAGAACAGUCUGGGGGCGAAGAGGGGCAGGAGGCAGGUGGGUGGCUUGGAGGGCGGCCCGGCUUGGAGAGCUGCGCUGUUGAGGUGGAGGCUGGACACCUCCCGGAAUCAGAACUGAUCUCCAGACAUUGUCUUGGCUGCACACUUCGACGAAGCCUGUGAGCCAGUGUUUUGCACCCAAGCGCCGCUCUCAGAAUGGCUUCUAAAAGAGCCCUGGUGAUUCUCGCCAAAGGAGCAGAGGAGAUGGAAACGGUUAUCCCCACGGAUGUCUUGAGACGGGCAGGUAUCAUGGUGACGGUAGCUGGCCUGGCGGGAAAAGAGCCUGUGCAGUGUAGCCGCGAUGUCGUCAUUUGCCCUGAUAAGAGUUUAGAAGAUGCCAAAAAAGAGGGACCUUACGAUGUGGUGGUCUUGCCAGGAGGGAACUUGGGAGCCCAAAACCUGUCAGAGUCCCCUCUUGUGAAGGAUGUCUUGAAGGACCAGGAUGCCAGAAAAGGGCUGAUUGCAGCUAUCUGUGCAGGUCCCACGGCUCUGCUGGCACACGGAAUAGGAUUUGGAAGCCAUGUGACAACACAUCCUCUGGCCAAAGAGAAAAUGAUGAAUGGGGAUCACUACAAAUAUUCCGAGAACCGUGUGGAAAAGGAUGGACAUAUUCUCACCAGUCGGGGGCCCGGCACCAGCUUCGAGUUUGGCCUCGCUAUUGUGGAAACCUUAAUGGGGAAGGAAGUGGCAGCACAGGUGAAGGCUCCUCUUGUCCUGAAGGACUAGAGAGAAAUGUUUUGAUGCUUUGUGUUUUGGUUAGAGCAAUAAUGGAAUGCAUAAUGGGUUCCCCAAGCAGCUGUGAAGCUGACGCUUGUGUUAACGCCACAGAACUGAAAUGCAGUUUGAGAUCACAGUUGUAAUCUUAGAGUCCCUUAGCAAAUGCAGUUGGAGCACUUGAAAAGAGUUUGGGGAAGUUGAAAAUAAAAACAUGCUCGCCUCGUCAUCUCUCCAGUGGUGUCUGUCCUUCUGACAUAAUUCACCAUAAAUAAAAGAAGCAUUUGGUUUCA